CUUCAACCUUGCACCACGACAGGCACUCAUAAGAACAACGAUGAUGUAGAAGAAAGACGCUAUCGGUUGAGCUAGGAUGGUGUGGUGAAUACUUCUAGACGUCUACUUCUAGCACUAAAAACUAGAGUAAAGAGUAAAAAUUUUUUUGUAGCAAUCGUUGUCGUAACUCUACUGUAACUAAAGGGACCUAGUACUAGUAGUCCAAACAUAUUCUUGUAUGGUGUCUUGUUCGCAGUUCCAAACAUAUUCUUAUUUAUUUUGGCAUUUCACGUUCUUGAAGUGUCUACUAGUUCUUCUUCAACACAGACAUCGUUACUGUUCUUAGUGAACUUUUUUGGCUUUCAGUGUUAACAAGCGAGUAAUAAAGACAGAAAAAUGGCGGCCCUUGCCAAGGAUGAUCCGAUGCGCAGCUCCAUAGAGGAAAUAGAACGCUCUUUGGAGAAGAACCCCACGCAAACUGCUCUUUGGCUUCGAUACGCUGAGUACUGGGAGAACACCGAUGAAGUGAAUGCGUUAGUUACGAAGAAUUCUUGUGAGGAUCUUGACAGGAUGACAUAGUGGUAGACAAAAUGAAAGAACUAGCAUCCAUUGCCAUUUUUUACAUUUUCUUAGUUAUGACUUGCCUUGACUUGAUGUACAUGUACCCACCUCCGAUCGGGUGCGUUUUAGUUACGAGGUCUUACGAGCAUGACAUAGGUCAUAGUAAGCCUAAUACUUCAAAAGUUCUCUAACAAGUACUCGCGAGUAGAGCAGUUCUACUAAGUAAGCCCUUUGUCUUGUCACAAAAAAAGUACUAGCAAGACUAGCAAGAGUUUGUCUUGUAGCAGUUCUUGAAAGAUCGGUGUUUUCCGAUUUUCACUUUCAUGUUGUCUCGUCAAGUAGAAUUAUGAGUUAGUCCCACCUCCGUCUUCGUGCUCGUGGCCCCACUACCACCGCCUCCUUCUCUAAAUUAGCAGUCUACAACGACGCAGUGCGAAGAUGUCCGCAUAUUGAGCUGUGGCGCCAGUACAUAACCUACUGCAAGAAGUGUGUCACGGUGAAGGGCGUAGUAGCUAUUUUCCAUGCAGCCAUCGACGUGCUAGCACAGGAUCAUCGAUGUGGAGAGCUGUUUCUAGAAUAUCUGGCUCUGCUAAAAGCGGUGUGGAACUACCAGUGGAAGUACCGUCAUGAGCUCAUUUUGGAUUUAUGGUGCUGGAUUUUAUUUGACACAUCGUAUGAUUUCAGAGGACGAGGAGAUAUCUAUGUAUAUGCAUCAAUAUUAUCAACAUAUUAUCUAUGUAUAUGCAUCAAUAUCAACAUAUUAUACGGCAUAAUGUGAUUUCAGGGCAACCACGAGCAUGAUUGGAACAUACCAUCAACGUAGCUGUCUCUGACGGAGUUCGUUCGUCUACUAUAUUUCGUUUUGGUAUUCGAGAUCGAAGAGGAUCUUGCCAAUCUAGUAUCUUCAUCUAUCUUCUUAAGUAGAUGCUGACGAAGGUCGUAAUUAUAAUAUUGACUGAUUGAUCUUGAAGAUGUUGACUGUUGUACUUGUUCACUGAUAUUUAUUAUUGUUAUUCAUUGAUUUUGUUCACAGUAUCUUCUCGAUCUCGCGGAUGAAUUCUUGUGACCAUGACGGAAUCGAGCAAGCUGGUAGUACUGAAAACUCUUGUGAGUUUCUCACUCUCUAACCUCCGACCCAAUCGAGCAAGCUGGUAUCACGUUUGACGCAGACGCAGAGUCAUCCUUAGCGACGAAAUGUGGUGGGAACUUGCCACUAACCGCAGACGAGGAAGAGGCGAUAAAAUGGAUCGCGAAGAAGGCGCCGUCAGAUAGCUACAUUUCUGUCAAGACCAAGCUAUCGCUGGAACACAUAAGGAGACUCUUUAGACAGGUAUUUUUGCGUGGCUUUGUUGUAUGUUGCGAGGCUUUGUACUUAGGUGUUUUGUAGGUGUUAGUGUUUGGUAGAGUUGGAUGAAGCUAUGGCUAUCGCUGUCGCUAGUCGAUACUCGUCCUCAUGAAAUUAGUAUCACAAAGAGAACAUGAUCGAUUGGCAAAGGCAAUGACCUGACGAGAUCUCCCAGUUUACAAGACAGCUCAUUUAUCAAUCAACUAAGUACACUUUUUCAUUUCUUUUCCACCAGCACUACAACAACUCUUUGUUUUCUGAUUCAGGCCGUCUUAACCCCUUCGUCUUGCACGGAUCGGCUUAUGCGAGCUUACGAAAUCAUGGAGGACCACAUCGCAGGGUCCAAGAACGUCCUAGCUAACGCUCCAGACCGAGAUGGAACGGUUAGAGAUUUCUACAGUCGUGUAGCAGCAAAUAAUUAUGCUCCUGGAGGUUCAAAAAUAAUCAAAAUUAGUUCUAAAUUUUGUUCUUCUUGCGGAACUGGAAGUGUUAUUGAUGUACACCUGAUAUUGUUUCUAUCGUGGUAUUAUGAGCAGAAGUUGUGUAGUACCGAACAAGUGGAGGAAAUAAAAACGGUAUGAAAUUAUACAACUACUUACAAUAUAGAUUUUGAUAGACGAAGGUGAGACCUCUGGGGCUGACAGGACCACGACAGCGCCGGCGCUUAAUUCGUAGGAGAUAAGUUCUUGGCUGACCUUUUCUUUUUCGGUUUUUGUUUUUUCUAGUUAGAUAUGCUCCACCAACAUACAGAUUUUGAUCGGUUUAGUAAACGAACUUCUCCAGUCUUGACAACACCUUCUUCGUGCUUGCGCCUCCUCUAAUCCAAACACGUCUACGACAAACUUGUAGUCUUGUACAAGGGUGUAGAUACGUUGCAGCUUCCGCAGGCAGAAGUCUCCCAGUUGUCGAAAACACUGCCUAAAGCUUCGCAGCUCGUCAAAUGGAUGGACAUUUGUGCCGCUUUCAACGCCAUAAUCGCCUACGAACGCGGCAAUCCCUGUAAAUUGGAAGUGCAGGGGUACCAAACACGAGUGACAUUCUUGUACCAGAAUGUGCUGUUGGUUUGCACCUAUUUUUCCGAAUUCUGGUACAGCUUUUACAGCUUUCUCUACACUUUUUCACCGAUCAAAGCACUCCAAGUGCUCAAAAUCGCCACCGAGAAACUCCCGAACGACCUGUUUUUGCGGCUCGCCUAUGCCGCUUGCUUUGAGGAAUUGGUGUACAAGAAAAAAUUCAAUGCCACAGUGUUGGGAAACAUUCUGGGAACAUCUACGUCUACUGCUACAUCUGGAGGUGGAGAUACUGAUGCACCUCCAGCAAAUCUUUCGUUGCACGAAGCGAUGCAGAAUCUAGAGUUAAGGGUCGUUUAUCACUAUCGCAUGUGGACUAUACUGAGUGGAGUCCUCCUUGAUUUAAAGGGGAAACUAAGGGACAAAGAGGGCAACCCACUCGACUCGGGACAGUGAAAAACUACCUCUAAUAGAAGGGGUUCAGAUGUCGGAGCUGAUGCAGGAAAUGGAUCUCUUGGAAGCAGUAGAGAGAGCGGAAAGCGCAACAGCCAUGCCUAGUAUCGGAGGAAAUGUUAAGGGUUCGUUCUUUCCAGAUUGCAUCCUGCACUGACAUCUUCCUUGACUCUUUCCCCACUAACAUGAAAGGAGUCAGGGGCCAUGAUGUAUUUCUGAAGAGUGCAAUAAUAUGGGUCACCAGCAGCUGCUCUAAUAUGGCGGGUGGCGAUGAACACGCAGCUGGUGGAGUUUCCACAUCGUCAAGCAAAACGAAAUACAACAUGGUCUCGAGUCUGUAUGACCAUUUGUUGCAGGAGUUCGACGGCGAGCAAUAUUCUCUGGCUUUGAUCCACUACUUGAAUUUCAUCAGAAGACAAGGUGGAGCGCACGCAUAUAGUUAUGAGCGUAGGGGAUGCAUCUCCAAAGAUGACUCAUCUGGAUGAAGUAGAAGAAAAAGGCAGCCAGAUGAUGUGUUAGAUGCAUAAUGCAUUCUCUUCACCUCUAAUAUACGGAAUUUUUUCUGAAAAAAGUACUCAUUGACAGCCAUCAAAAGCUCACGUGGGAAGUCUAUGCGUCGCAGGCAUUAGUCGAAUACCACUGCUUCCACGAGAAGUCACGAUGCGCAAAAAUUUACAAGAUUGGUACAGCAUACUUUUUGUUUUUGUUUUUCUCUACCUAUUGUUGGUGGCAUGCCCAUGUUGACGACAGUCUCCUCGAAAAUUUAGAAGAAAGUGGAACAAUCUUCUUAUGCAACUUCUUGUUGAUUAACAUGAACUAGAACUACGAUCAUGAUCUAUGUAAAGCAUAUUCAUCAGCAAUAUCAUCAUCAUUAUCAUCAUCAUCGCCAGCAGCAAAAAACAUCACCCUUCUAUCUUUACAACAGGUCUCGAUCGUUUCCGUACUCUCGAAACCUAUGAGCCAGCAUUGGUUGCAUCUUUUAUCAAUUUCUUGGUAUCUGUGAACGACAUCCCGGCAGCACGUGAUGAAUUAACUCUGGCGAUACAAAAGUGCUACCAACUAUUGCGAGAAGUUCACUUUAAGGGCGACACAAAAACCAACGAAAAAGCCGCACGAAUGCUCAAGGAAAAACAAAAACUACAAACCGGAUUCAAAUUCUUGUAUUUUUUACUACAACUUCUAGCUGUAGGAGCCCCUGCUUGUUUUUUGUCUGUGUUGAGGCAACAUGAACAUGCAGAUGUCGCAGUUGACGUAAGAAGAUUAUGUCGAAGUAGUUUUUUUUUGUACUAGACGAUCAAGAUCUGAAGAUCCGGAUCCCUUCGGACUACACUUUUUCAUCUUCUAUAAUGACUUCCCCCAAUGGCAAAAAUGAUAUAAUGAAUAAUUAUCUUAUAAUCUUAGGUUCGAAAAGCUCGUCAGGCUUGAGCAGAGCUAUGGCGAAGAAAGUUUGGAGAAAUUGCUACACACUAAGAAUCAAAUCCUGCUGGAGAAUGUUCCCGAUGCAGCACUAUCGCUAGAACCGCUGGAUGCAGAGGAGGAAUAUCAGACGAACAACUUCUUAAAUGCUUCAUUGACAAGCAUCUUGGACGUGCGCGUGGAUCAGGAGGGAAAUGGAAGUAGAACUAUUUGUGAAGAUUUUGGAUCUAGAAUUUUCAUUUUUUCUCUGAUCAUGUCCACACGUUGCCUUCGAGAACUAUUAAGUCCUACUACUCAUGAAGUCUAAGAACAUGAUAUUUUUGCAAAAUUAAGAAUACAGCAAAGCAGAUGAAGUUUAACUUGUUCUUGUGAAAACUUACUACAUCCUUCCAUUGAUUUGCGACCCUGUUCACCAUCCCGCCUGUUCACCAUCCCGCCUGUUCACGACCCUGUUGUUCACCAUCCCCCCUGUUCACCAUCCCGCCUGUUCACGACCCUCACACAGUGGACGAAGACAACGAGGAGAAAAAGGACGAACCGAAAGGCAAGAAAGGUCGUGGCAAACGCAAGCGGCGGGAGAUGUUAGCCGGGUUCGAGUCUACGAAGGAUCCUUUUAGAAGCGACAAGGCAUGCGCUGAUCCGUUCCACUUGGAUACCGACUACAACAAACCGAAUUUUCUGCGAGCCAAUCUCCUGUCGACGGUCCUGCAAAGCCAGAACUCUAGUUUCCUCAGUUGUAGUGCGGUUUUGCCAUUUAACGAAGCGCUGAGCCGCUUUCGGUUCCAGCAUCUCAGUCCAGCAGUGAACAUUAAGGACGAGGACUUGUCAAAUCGAAGCAGUAGAUCAGGAAAUAAGAUUUGAAUGUAGCUUGUUUUUUUUCGGAAUUUUUCGGAUGAAGACAUCUACUACAAUAAAGGUUUUUCUCAAGCAAUUAGUGCUGAAUUAUAUCACCUGUUACCACCUGCUCUAAAGGGAAGCUGAAUCCAGCAGCAAGGGGAAAACAUGGACACCAGACGGUAGUAACAGGAGGAGCCGCAAGCGGUAGCGGUCAUCCAGAGCAAGCAUUUUCUAGCUCUGCAGCUGUCGCAGCAGGUAAACUAGUGGAGCGCGCACCCUCAGUUGCGGGUGGACCUAGCAUAGACGCAACGAUGCAUGAAACGACACCCACAGCUGCUGGGACAACUGCAUUAUGGUUGAUGGUACACAUUAAUUACCUGUUUUAGAAGACGGGGACGAGUUAGUACUGCAUUGAUAGGUGAUGAAACGUCAUAAUAAACUCCACAACGUUAAUAUUAACCCUUCUUCUACUCUUCAUUUUUCCCCCCUUCUACUCCGCCCAAGAACAAAAUUUUGAAGCCCUCCAACGUAGUACAACCAUCUUCAUUUCCAUCCUCAUUUAUGCUGCUCGUCUUCAACGACGACACUUGCUCUAAUCCCUGCCCACAUGACCCCUGCAUCCAGUGGUGUGCUACUCGACUCUGCUGUGCCGCAAGACGAGAUUGCCUUGAUGGUGAAGAGGAGGAUGCUGGCACAAUUAGACAAUGACAGCGACGACGACGACAGCAAUCUAGAGAACAAUACUGAACUGGGUGGCGGAGCAGCAGGCGUCAUUCGAAAAAGCUCAAUGGCUGCCACGGGAAAGGCACGCGUCACAAGACCUGAUAUUAUGAAUCAUGAUUCAUACUGCUAUAGACAUAGAAUGAGAAGUAGAUGAAAAGACAACUAUACUGCUAUACAUAGAAUUAGAAGUAGAAAAGACUAGUAGAGUCACCCCAUGACGCCAAGCGGCCUUCAAUAAAGAAGUUGGUGUUGAAGUCAUUUGGAAAUGGAGGAUUUGUUCAUCAGUUUCGUUCUUUUAUCCUCUAAUCUCCCGAGUCGCAUGCACAGUUUCAACCCAACGAAUGCUAUCGUGAUGCCAACCGGCCAUCCACGUGGAGUGGUCGCUAACGUCUUGCCGAAAGUGAUCCGAGAUCUACAGCAAAUGCUUCCAUCCCACAAAGUCCUCAAAGGCUCGGCGCCGGACGUGGACUACCUAAUGUCGGUGUUGCAGACAGUGGAGAUACCACCGUUGCCGUUAGUUAUGUGAAAUGAAACAUUCUUAGCUUAGAUUACGAGUGCUGAUUUACUUUUCAGUGUCUUAAACAUUGACUGUGGAGGUCUCGUCUAACUCACAGCAAUUCACGCGGACAGAGCCAGGUCUUGGAAACGGGAACCGAGGCACGGAUAGCGGUGCGUUUGGUACGGGAGGGGGCAUUUUUGGUGGUAACCGUGUCUCCAGUCUGGACGAGAACACGAAUUACAUGCACGCAAUAGGAGGAAGCGUCCAUAAUUUCCUGAUCGAAGGCGCAGUGGAUGAUACGAGGUAUAUUAGCAACCAACGUUGUUUCUAGUACUCAGACAGAAGAUCUAGUACUUACUACAAGAAGUAUAACAGACAGAAGAUCGAGUACUUACUACAAGUCUUACUACAAGAAGUACAAGAACACAGUUGUACUAUAGUGCUAGAAGCAAGUAGUUCUUGUAGUCCCAUUCUUCGUCUACUCGCUCGUUGCACACGUAGAUCUUCUCUUCUUUUCGUGUAUCAUGAGCGAGAAUAUAUUUGUUUUGUCACCCUUCCACCUCUUCCUGGUUUCUUCAUCUUUGGAAUUUUUGCUCCAACUCCAUGAUCAAAAGCAUUACAAAACAAAAAAUUCCUGUAGUACGCCUUUCAGGUACCGAUCCCGAGGCUCAGGUGCGAAUGCGAAUGGCGGCUCAGCUGCGAACGGCGCAUCCCACAGCACACGACCUGAGCGGCGUGUGAAAAAGGGCAAGAAAGAAGAACAGGACUUGGAGGAAGAAGGAGCACGAAGAGAGGGUGUCAGCCAAGUAAAAGAGCGAAUCAACGUGAAGAGAAGAAAAAUAAAUGAGGUGGUAAAGGCAGAACAAAUUGGAGCAUCAUGAUGACGAUGGUAGGCGGUGGAUGCCGAUGGAUGCGCGCGUUGCUGUUCUAAAAAAACAGCGAGGCAAUACUAAUCUUCAGCAUACCGGACAUAACCUCUUCCGUUGGGAAUACAACUACUCUGUUUCUAAUUCGUCUUGAAACAAGAGCAACAAGCGUGUAGUUCAAAUUCAUUAGCCAUUUUCGAAAAAAUAGAGUAGAAACUCAACAAAUCUAUUCGCGACAAUAAUGAUCGUCAAAAAGAACCUUAAAUUAUGUCAGUAUCGCAUAUUCCUCGCGCCUUUGCCCCUAUGCCCCAACGCACUACCCUUUUCAGAAAAAUUCCUGUAACAUCCGUGUCACAGAACCUCCAACUCUCCUUGGAAAAUCAAUAUUAUAGACACAGACCACGACUUAAAAUACCGUUUGGUCACUCUCGCGCUCUUCUCGUGCUCUCUAAAG